CACACACACACACACACACACACACACACACACACACAUCGUGUUACAUAAUAUCUUGCUAGUGGACUAUCAAUAUAAAAACUGUAGCUGUUAAUUGCUAAGAACAGCCUUUAUGGUAGUAAUGUGUUUCUGAUUUCGUUUUGUAGACUUGGUGUCUGCUAGACACCUCAAAACCCGUUUUACAUAUCGUGCUGAGAACAGGGCUGUAUCCAGCGUGUACGAAAAUGUGUCCUUUUUAUUUAAAAAUGGCCACGUUUGUCUAGUUUGAAAAUACCGAUUCUGUUUUACUGUUCCCGCCUAGCUAUUUUUCUUUCUAGAUACGGUUCUAGAAGUGUCGUCAAACACACAUUUGUCUCCUGUUUUGGGCCUCUUUCAGAUAACAUUAACAAAUACUGAAUAAUUGAACAACAAAAUCAUUACCGCAACAACAACAAAAAAAUCGCAUUUCUGCACAAGGUUGAGUCAAAUGGAUGUUUUGACAAAGUCGAGACCUCUACCAUGAAGUUCCGUCAUGAAUGUGCUUUUGGUAAAGGUAGACUGCCACUCCACAAAAUGAUACAUAUUCAUCUUCUGUCUCUUCUGGGUAAACACAUGUUGUUGUUGUUUUAUUAAAACACCCUUUCAGAUCUGCAGCUUGAUAUAUUAAUGUAAAUAAGUGCUUAUUGACUUUAUGUUGUUUUUUGUUUGUUUUCAAAAUUGUUUACUGGUUCCUUGGUCUAUUUUUACAGUGAUAUGAAUGCUAUUGUGAAUCGGUUAGACUACAAGAUGGCAGAGGACGUUAAUACAGAAAAGAGUUUCCGGAAUACACAUAAGAAAUGUGUAUUUAAUUCCGGGAAUGGUUGUAUUGUUACCCAAAAAGACAGUUUUCAUAAUAGAAAUCUAACAAAGGUAAACAUGCUUGUCGACAGUGAAGGUGACAGGUGUAUCAAGUACAACAAGGAACCUAAGAUCGUAGAAUGGUGUAGACGAAAAACAUUUCCAAUUAAUAAAGGCCAGAUAAAGAUCAUUGAUGGAAAGAUCGACCAUAAACGAUCCAAAAUGAUUGGUAAUACAGAACAAACAGUACAUUGUGAUGUGAAUCGACAGAAUGUUGACUCUUCACUUCAGAAACUAAAACAAUGUACCAAUAUCCUACCUUCCGUCAACCUUGGAACACAGUCCAAAACAUUCAAUGAUAAAUGCGAUUUUAUAGAAACAAUAUCAGAAACAUAUAUUGCGCUUGUAGAACAUUCUAAAAUGAGCAAUGCCGAAUGGGGUAUGGUCUUUAUGUUAUUUGAAGCCGAGAAUAAAACGAGCACUGACAUAUACGAUAAGUUACAAACCUGUGUGGUGCUUAAAGCACUGUUGGAAAGGAUCAUUGAAGAAUGCGUUAUGAAACAAACAAUAGCAAAAUGCCUUCUAGUACGUGAAACACAAUUCGAACUGGUAAAGGAGGAAUGUCGUAUGAUAGAAAAAAAACCCAAAGAAUGUCUGAGCUACGGAUUUUUACUUUGUAAUGAUAUAGUAGAAUGUACAAAAUGCCAUGAUUCAACUAUCCAAAACGCAGUUAACAAAUUUAAUGAUUUGUUUUCUAGCGAUACAGUGUACAUUAAACAGCUGGGUUACAUAUUCUGUUUGCAAUAUUUUGCAAAGAAUCAAUCUGAGAUGAUGAAUACUAUCUGGAUGACAAAAACACUGGACACUACUUGUGUCAAUAUUUUAACAGAUGAGAAUGAACAUUGUUUAAACCUCUUAUUAAGCAAGACAAUAUAUGGCAAACAGACCAGUGAAUAUGAAUAUGCAUCAGACAAACAACUGCAACCAGAUCAGCCAGACCAACAAGUUGGAGAUACUACUGGGAAUAUGCAGCGGUUAUAUAAUUAUUAUCUGUGUACAAAGUUAAGUGCUGGAAUGCAUUGUACAGCAAUGAAAAUACCGAGAACAGAUGUUUUUGACAAAACGUGUAUAUUUACCAAACCUAAUGUUGAACAGUGGGCAAAGUUUAUGGAGAGCACAUUCAGUUUAAAUGGAGAAAUCAUUCCAAUAACGGUAGUUAAAGCAUAUCCAUGUUUUUCACCGCAGUUAUGUUUUGUAAAUGGCGAGCAACUCGGUCCCGCUAAUAUCUCAGUACAAGAAGACAUGCGUUAUGAAUGUAACAGACUUGGGUCAUUUUUAAACUUCCCAUCUUCAGCUUCAGCAAUCAGGUUGUCUCAGGCAGGAUUUUAUUACUCUGGCCGUGGUGAAGAGACUAUUUGCUUCAGUUGUGGAUUACAUUACGAACAAUGGACGCGUUCCGAUCAGCCCCUUGCUGUUCACAGAAGGCUAAAACCAUUCUGUCCAUUUAUUACUGGAAUAAACUCUGACAACAAACCUAUACAUACUGAUGAUUUAAUGCCGAUUCAGGUACUUGGUGACAGAGAGAGGAGCCAAAUACCUAAUGAAACAAUGCAAGUGCAAGUUCUGACAGGUGAUAGCUUUGUGGAUAUGGAAAGUGAUUGUGAAUCAAGCACUGGUGGUACAAAACAAACAGCAAGCAAUUCUUCAAAUGAUGUAAUGGGUCCCAUUGGGGCCAACAUACAAAGUCCAAAAUACCAAUCUGACAACACAUCGUUGUCAAAUUCAGUCUCAUCAGAUUUAAUGGCACCCGGAACAGUUGUUCCUAAACGUUUGAGUUAUGAGCAUGCAGUAUACCCUCAAUAUUUCGAUAUUAAAGUUAGAGAAGACAGCUUUACGAAUUGGACUUCCUCUUUGAGGCAGACUCCUGCGAUUUUGUCAAAACACGGAUUUUAUUAUGCUGGAUACGCCGACUGCGUUCGGUGUUUUUACUGCGGGAUAGGAUUGAAGUCUUGGGAACCCCAGGAUGACCCGCUUGAGGAGCACAUACGCAAUCGACCAUCUUGUGAAUUCAUUGUAUUCACCAAAGGCUCAGAUUUUGUUUCUGAAGUCCUGCAGAAGAUAAGUCAGAAAGACCAAGCUGCAAACAGUGCUUCCGCACCAAGCACUCGUAACAGCAGUGGCAAUUCGGGUGAUUUGUUCAACUCUGACACUGUAUUAAAGGCGAAGGAAAUGGGAUACAAUGAUAACAUCAUAACUAUGGCCGUCAAAGCACUGGCUGUUAAUCAAGAUCAGAAUUCACCGGACCUGGAAACACUUUUGGAGAAGAUAUUUGUCAUAGAGGAGCAACAGAAUCAAGCCACAUCAUCACACAAUAAAGACGAGCGGCUUACAAUAGAUGCACCAUCAGGUGCAGAGACCAGUGAUUCAAAUGCAUCUACUGCAAGUCCAAACGGACAGAUCUCUGAAGACUCCACAAAAACCAACACUCUGGAUGGCAGCUUAUGCGAUACGAUCACAGAAUAUGUUGGAGAGACCAAUGAAGAACACAGUGAUGCAGUGAUGAGCAUGGGUGCAGGCCACAGUCGACUGCAAGCAGCUAAAUCAGAUGCUAACAAUUCAAUCGAGUCUAGUUACUAUAGCUUACCAGCACGUCUUCAGUCUGGAUCUAGCGACACUUCAGCAAUGACACCCAGCAUGAACGACAAAAACAGUGAUGAAGAAGAGAGAGACCGUAUAAUGGAAGAAAAUCGCCAACUUCGUGAUGAAAUGAUGUGUAAGAUUUGUUUGGAAAACCCUAUCAACAUCGUCUUCUUGCCCUGUGGACACUAUUGCACAUGCGCAAUGUGUGCCCCCGCGCUGGCAUCCUGUCCCAUCUGCCGAUCAGUCAUCCGAGGGUCGGUGCGGGCGUCAACGGCCUCAAGAUAUUUUGACAAAUCUGGACGGCUAUGCUAGAUAUAUGGAAAGAUACCAACGAAACCAUGUAGCUGUAUGUAUAUAGCUUUUAGUCAUGGACUGACAUUGUGUUGAAUGUUUUAUAAUGCAGUGCUUUAAGUAACAUGUUGUGUAGUUUUUGUUCAUAGAUCAGACAAAAACACCAUAUAUAUACAGACCAUAGUCAUUUGAGACGGCAGGUUGGAAGGAAUUGGGACAGAUACUUUUAAAGUCUUUUAAAAUCUAGUUUGAUCUCGUAAAAAGGACACUAAGUUGAGUUAAUCUACCUGUAACACAUUUGGAUAAAGUUACAACAGAGUGAAACAAGAGUCUGUGACGUUAAAACAGGAAAUAUCCUUAAAAUAGACUAGAACUCGAAUCAGUAAACCACUACUUCUCGGACGCAAGUGCGUUUCUAAAAAUAUGAACAAUGCAAUGUUUGGUACUACAAACACUGGGAUGACCAGAACACUUCGGUUUCUACGGAAAUGGAUAAUCUAAAUAAUAAAAUAUAAGUAAUGUUUGAUUUCAAUGAUCAUAAACGGCUCUAAUAGUGAAACGUGCUGUAGUUUUUAGAAACUAGGGUCUGUCGCUUUAAUGAAAAACAAUAAUUCCAUCGUAGGCAAGCUAGAAUGUUCAAUCUUUUAGAAGUGAAAUUCCAUCCAACCCACAUUCUAGUUUAAAACUAUUAUAACUUUUUAGUUAUUGUGUUGUUUUUCUUUCUAGGAAACGAAGUGGAAGACACAGUUAGAAACAUUUCUCCUACGUUAACUAAUGUAAUCCUAUACAUGCCAAUGUUGCCAAAACAUUGCAUUGUAAUGCUGAUUCUAUCAUUCUUGAAUAUAUCUCGUCAUUCACUAAAAAUAUGCUAUCCAUAUUCAGAAGGUCAUAUUUUGACCUCCAUUGAAAACGCAGAAGACAGAUUUGUAGUUAUAAUAAGGAUAUGACAAGAACGAGAAUAAUGAAUAAUACAUAUAAGUAAUGUUGUAUAACUGGAUAAUAAAAACCCUCAAGCAAUAACAACUGGAAAGAGAUUUAAAAAAACAAAUGAAAAUUGGGUGGUGCGUUUUUAAUGGAGUUCAGUAUAUGUUGUUUCGCUUCAUAUGUUUUGUGUUUAUAUUCAUUUCAUAUACAAAUUUUGACGUGUGUAAAUAGAAAUGUAUUUAUUGUAUAUUUUACAAAAGUUGUAUUAAAUAUAUAUAUUUGUAUAAACAAUAGAAUAGCUGCUAUGGAUCGACAGUAAUAGCUGUACAAACUAAUUGCUGUUCUAUGUUUUGUCUGCCGAUUUAAAUUGUAAUCCUGUAUAAACGGUCAAUAUUUAUAUACGGCUAUGCUAGAUAUAUGGAAAGAUACCAACAAAACCAUGUAGCUGUAUGUAUAUAGCUUUUAGUCAUGAACUGACAUUGUGUUGAAUGUUUUAUAAUGCAGUUCUUUAAGUAACAUGUUGUGUAGUUUUUGUUCACAGAUCAGACAAAAACACCAUAUAUAUACAGACCAUAGUCAUUUGAGACGGCAGGUUGGAAGGAAUUGGGACAGAUACUUUUAAAGUCUUUUAAAAUCUAGUUUGAUCUCGUAAAAAGGACACUAAGUUGAGUUAAUCUACCUGUAACACAUUUGGAUAAAGUUACAACAGAGUGAAACAAGAGUCUGUGACGUUAAAACGGUGACAUACACUUAAAAUAGAUUAAUACUCGACUCCAUAAUUGUUAUUUCUUAGACGCACGUGCGUUUUUAAAACUAUGAAACAUGCAUGUUGUGAUGUUAAAAGCACCAGAAUGACCGGAAACACUUAGGAUGUACGGAAAUGGAUAAUCUAAACAAUACAAUCUAAAUAAAGUAUGAUUUUAGUUAUCAAAAACGGCUCUAAUCGUGAAACAAUAUGCCUUAAUUUUUAAAAACUAGGGUCUGUCAUUUUAAGAUGCUACGAAUUUUACACUGUGCAAAGGUACAGUAAUUGUAUAUAUUUAUAUAGUUGUAAGCACUUUACUCCAGUCAAAUAGUAAAAAGAUGCACAAAGGAUAGAAUGUAUCAGAAUGAUUUGCCCUAAAGCAAUUCAGUUUGUUUUUCACAAAAUAAUACUCAAUUCCGGCAACUCCUACCCUACUCUCAUAUGCUUAUGGUAUACUAAUGUAUUGUAUUUGUAAUAAAAGGACAAUGAGUAUAUUUGAUAGACUGGAAUCGUACUGUACAUUAAUGGACUAAUGGACAUGUGUGUAGAUUGAAAUGUAUUUACUGUAUAUUUUACAAACGUUGUAUUAAAUAUAUUUUUUUGUAUAAAGAAUAGGAUAGCUGCUGUGGAUCGACAGUACUAUCUGUACAAAC